AUGAGGCAUUUUCGGAGGCAGCCUUUCCUGCCCUUCCUGCCGCCCAGGGCUGCAAGCGCGGAUGCACAGGACUUCUAUUACGGUGACUACGACGUGGCCUUGGGCGAACAGACGGGCUUCGUCCCCAAUUUUCCUUAUCGAGAAUGUGCGACUAGAAUUGGCGCUUACAGGCUCGGACCGGAAGUGAAAUCGUUGGGCGGCGGAAAGUUUUGCUUCACCAUCAAGGUCCAGACCCAGAACUGCAACAAUGCUUGCUGCAACACAGACCUGUAUAAAAUUGAGUUCAAUGUUUCCGACAGCUGCAUUGUGCAGCCAGCUGCGGAUGUCAAGGCCACAAUCAAUGGCGUCUACACGCGAGUUGGUGCGGCUUUCGGACGGCCUGUUAAUGGCCGAAAUGGCACGGCUGUCCUGCGGCUCACGCAACUGGGGUUGGACACGACGAGCGCCCAGAAUGCGGAGCCUCCGGCCAUCGACGUACGUCCGUACCGGUACGACAAUCGUACGUGCUUCACCAUUCAAGACAACAUCGCGAACUACAUCAACGGCGCCCUCUACCAGAAUGGCGUGGACAUGCUGUCGUACUUUGCACCAGUCGCGGCCCUCUGUUCGGAUUUGGAGGUUCGCGUGUGCGGCACUUUCGCCUUGUCGGCCGACGCUCAGGCCUUCAAGGCCACGGCCGACGGUCUGAUGCCGUACCUCAUUCAGCAAGCCGCAGGCGGCGGCAGUGUUUGCAAGCCCGAGUUGGAGGGUUACACGGUGGAAAUCACCACCGAGGGCAGCACGUGCCUGGACCUCUCUUCCUCCCUCGCGUGCUCCCUGUCCCCCACACCCUUCCCGGGCAGCACGUGCAACAUGACCCAGGGCACUCUGCCAUUCACAGUGUCCACUCGCUACUCGGUGGCGGACAGGAAGCCCAACACCACCGAGUACUGCUUCACGGUGAACACGAUAACCCCAGACCAAAUCGUGCCGAGCGCUUGCGGCAGCGGCAGCGCCUCCAACGGCGUCCUCACCACUGUCGAGUGGUAUGCGAGCCAAGCCAUGGGUACCCUGGUGAAGGGACUCAACGUGUAUCCGGCUGGCGGCACCAAGGCCACGUUGCCUGUCAGCUGGGGACCGAUGGGCACAAACACUCUGAGAGUGCUUUGUGAGGGUGUACGGCACCAACAGCGGCUGCUGCCCCGUCUACCGUUCAGGGCGAUCAUAAGUCAGCCCGCUGCACAACUCAUGCUUGCUAGGUUAUACCUAGCACGACUGCUUGGCCAAUCUAUGUGA